GGCCGUCCCCAGCACCGCGGAGGAAGUGGGGCUUCCGGGCGGAGCUGGCGGUUGUCUGUGCAGGCCGGCUCCACCAUGUCGAAGGUUUCCUUUAAGAUCACGCUGACGUCGGACCCGCGACUGCCGUACAAAGUACUCAGUGUUCCUGAAAGUACACCUUUCACAGCAGUCUUAAAGUUUGCAGCAGAAGAAUUUAAAGUUCCUGCAGCAACAAGUGCAAUUAUUACCAAUGAUGGAAUAGGAAUAAAUCCUGCACAGACUGCUGGAAAUGUUUUUCUAAAGCAUGGUUCAGAACUGCGAAUUAUUCCUAGAGACCGUGUUGGAAGUUGUUAAUAUCUUCUACUUUGGAACAUUUGAUUACCUUUCAAAAUAAAUAUUGGUAUUUUUUGUUGUUGUUAUAAAAUUAUAAUCAACCGUUUAACAUACUAUGAAAACACCUAGAGUCAGUGAAAUAGUGACAGGUGACUCUUCUGUUCCUUCUUGUUCAGAUUCUUCAUGUGAAGGGUGAAUGUUUAUGAAUUGAGGGUACACCACCACAGAAGAUCAGUCUUUGAUUGCUACCUCACAACGCAAAUUGGUAGUUCAUUUGGAAUAAAUGGAUUAUCUGACUGUGUUUUGUAACUGGAGGAUGCUUUUGAUAAUUCUUUCUGAGAACAUUUGGAAAAUUAAAAUUUACUGAAUCUUACAUAUUUGUCUUUGAGUUAAAAAUUUAAAGGGAUUAUGGAUUGUGGAUGAGAGUUUGCUUGAUAGCAGCUGAUAUACAGGCUCAUAAGGAAUUUGAUUCUUAAUAUAUGUUUUAUGAUAAAAGCAAUAGACAUAUCAGUCUUAACCUUUUUUCAUGUGUUUUUUCAAGUUUCAAACUUUAUGUGCCAUAUAAAUUUCAAUUUAAUGUCAAAGAACCAAAAAUUGAGUUUUUUUAUCUAACUCUUUUGUGUAUAAAUUGAUGUUCCACACCAAAUAGUUUUAAUGGUGAUCUUGUAGAAUCCAGUGCUUGUAACGUGUGAAUUGACAAUACAGUAGAAGCAUCUUUUGCUGAGUUAUGCAUUCCUUUAUCGAUUUCUUUUAAUACAACUUUUAAAACAGGUAGCCUCAAGAAACCAUUGUCUUUUUGUAGAUAAUAUUUCUAAAUAGCAUUCAGGAAGAGAUUAUUGUUGCAAAGAAGAUCUGAAGUUCUCAAGAAAGCUCAAGGAAAUGCUGAUGAGUUAUGGAAGGCCCAACUUUUAAGGAUGUGCCAAGAUUCCAAGUGAAUAAGAAGCCAGAAAGGAAAGAUGGGGACUGGGCUUCUGAUAAAGAGGAAAGCAACACAGGACAAGAGCAAAGGGUAAUAGAAAGCUGUAGUGAAGUGUCACAGAAAAACCCAUCUGGAUGGACAAAACUACAGAGGAUAUAUUGGAGAAAACUGAAAGGGAAAACCAAAUACUACGUAGUCAUAAGUAGCAGAAGGCAAUUAGAGAAAGCAAAGUAUAGGCCUUGUCAACAUACAGAUUUCAAAAUGCCCCCCAUGAUAAUCCAAAUACUGAUAUGCGUAAGAAAAAAUUUUAUGUGCCCUUCCAGAGGAAAUCAGUAUCUGUGCAAAUCUUGAAAGAUGAAGUGAAAGCUCAUCGUGAUUCAGAAUCAGUGCUUCUCCUGCUGUAUUCUAAAUGGUGAGCUCUCUGGAGGCAGGGAGUGUGUCUGUUGAGUUCUUUCUACAGCCAGAAAUAUAAAAGGCCUUCAAUAAAUAUUUGCUAAAUUACUCAUGAAUAAAGUCUCUCUAAGGCCAAUUUUUAUUUUAGGAUGUUUCAGUAGCUUCCCUCUUUUAGGCCCUAGGUGCAUAAAUGAAUGCAAGAUUCUGAAUUAUCAAAGGAAAAAAAUCUUUGCUGAGGUGGAGAUGUAUACUGCUGAUGUUUGAAGAUGUUUUUAUUUUCAUAAAGAAAAUAUGCUCAGAGGCCUGUAUUAUAAAAUUAAGCCUCAAUCAGAAAUUUGUGAAUACUCAUUCUCUGAAUUUUUGGUUUAAUUUAGAUUUUCCUCUAUUCUGUUUCUAGCACAAAAAUCUGCCUGUUGUGUUGCAUAAAUACAUUUAUGGUGUCCUGUGCCAUAAAGUGAUUUAUUUAAUGUAUUUGUUCUUUAGUUUUGCAAAUUAUAUUGUAGUAAGUUCUCCAAAACAUUUUACUAAACUAGACAUUUUAUUAUUAAAUGUGAUCUGUAAGUUCUUUGUGCAGAAUGUUUUGAAAUAUUUAAAUGUGUUAUUGAUCCAAAAUUAAUAUCUUAUGAAAAUACAUUUUGUUAUACUGUAAACCA